AUGGACAUGAACCUAGCCGCGGCUGCUGCUGGUUUGGAGGGCGGAGAGGGAGCGGCUGCGGCUGCGGCUGCGGGGGCGGCCGCGGGGGCGGCCGCGGGAGAGGUUGCGGGAGCGGGAGCGGUUGCGGGAGCGGGAGCAGGAGCGGGAGCGGCUGCGCCUUCUGGUGCGGCGGCGGACAUCGGCGCGGGAGCUGCUGGUGCUGAUCUGGGCGGCAUCGCUGAUGCGGUGGCUGCUGCUGCUGCUCGCGCCGCUGCCGAGAGGGAGGCGGCGUACAAGGAAAUCGACGCCAUGUACGAGGCCAGCCAGUACGUCCAGCCCUGCGAGUACAACACAGAUGACGACGUCGACGAGGACAACUUUGAGUCCUACGUGCAGAGGCAGGUCAAGGGAUUCGAGUCUCGGAUUCUGAAGACAGUGCGUAGGGGAAGGCAUGCUUGCCCCUUCUGUCCCUGCAAGGUGAAGGACGGCGCGCUGGCUUCCCUUGAGAUGCAUGCUAUGGACACUCGCAACAGCGCCAGCGAGUGGCAGGGCAAGGCUGACCACGAGGCACUUGCAAGGUUUCUGCUGGGUCCUCGCCUUCCCCGUUCCGGCAGGAUCCUCAAGAGGCGUCGCAACAUCUGA